CUCUCUCUCUCCAUAAUAGCUUCUUUCAUUUUAGUAAGCAAAGCCCCACUCAAACUCUCUCUCUGCCCUUCCCUCCCCUGUUAGACAAAUCCAGACGCUUCUUCUGUCUCAACCAAUCUAACUCUUAAUUCCUAUUCUUCUUCUCUCUUUCCCCCCAUUUUUCUUGGAAAUUUCUUUUCUCUUCAUUAUCCUCCCCACCACCCCUCACCUUUUUCCCGUGACUCUUCAUUACUUUACCUCUCUCUCUCCCCCCUCCAUAUAUAUAUCUCUGCGGUCUUCCUUUUUUGGUCAACACGAGUCUUUCUGUUUCUCUCUCCCAUGGCUUCUUCUUCUAUUUCCCAAGGUCUUGUUCUGACCACCGCUAUGCUUGUCUCCAGCACCGUUCUUUAUCUUGGUUUCCUCAGACAGAAGACUUUCCCUCUUCCCUAUCUUCCCGGCAAUUCAAAUUCAAAUUCCCAACACCCAAACAAGAAAGCUCUCCGUUCUUGCUUAUACUCAGAGGAAAAGAAAAGGGAAAGCAGGAUGAAGAAGACGAAGACGAAGAGGGUGAAAUUCGCAGAUAAUGUGAAGGAAGAACCCGAAACCGAAACCAAGAAGAAGGAUCUCCGAGAAAAACAGGGGAAGCAAAGCAGAGCAUCGAGCAGUUGCAGAUACGAAAUCCCAGAGAUCCGACGAAUGCCAGAGAAUCGAAUCGCUUUGUACAACGGGAUUCUGAGAGAUCGAGUUCACAGGCUGGAAUACUCUUGCUGACGAUGAAGUCGUCGUCAUCAUCAUCGUCAUCUCAAGGCUUUCAGUUCUGGAUUCAUCGUCAAGAACUGAAGAUCGAGAUGCCAACAGGUACAGGAAACUCCAAGAGACGAACAAGACUUUGUCGUGUCCCUCUGUACGAAGCGUUUUCUUGCGUUUCGAUCGUUUAAUUUAGGAAUUAAUUAAUGAGUUGGUAGUAAUUUUCUGUUUGUGGAGAGGGAAGUUAUGAAAAAUCUGAGAGAAUUCGUGUGGCUGUAAAUAAAGAGAGAGAAUAGGGAGCUUGGGCCAACUCAAAGAGGUUUUCCUUUCAGCUGUCUUCAACCCUCAUGAUGGACAGAGUUCUGUAUCUCUUUCAAUUUGUGUUUGGAAUUACUUCUCUGUUCCUCCA